GCGCGCGGUUCCGGGAUCCGGCUCCGGCCUCAGCUUGGCUGGGUACGCAGGGCGCAGCUGGCGGGCGCAUGUUGGGGCGCGCGGUGCGGAGGCGCUGCCCGAGGGGGCUGCGACGGAGCCGGGAGGUGCUGCUGGUGCUGCUGGCGCUGGCCGGGCUGGGCGCGGUGUUGCGGGCUCGAGGCUGGGCGGGGGGCGUGAGGCCCUGGACCCGGGUCGUGAAACCAGCUCGGCGUUCCGGACGCCUCGAGCCGGUGCUACCCCGGCCGGAGCUGGAGCCCAAUGAGCUGGGAGCUCAGGGCGAGGCUGUUCAGCUGCAGCUGCAGGGCGAGGAGCUGCGGCUGCAGGAGGAGAGCGUGCGGCAGCACCAGAUCAACAUCUACCUAAGCGACCGCAUCUCGCUGCAUCGCCGCCUGCCCGAGCGCUGGAACCCGCUGGUGACCCUCGGGCCCAGCGAACUGGCAUAGAGACACCCCACCCCCAGGACGCCCUCAGCUUCACCGCGCCUAUGGUGGAGUAGGAGCUG